AUGACCACUCCAGAGAUUCCCAAGAAACACAAGGCUGUCAUUUAUGAUGAGCCCGGCAAGAUUUCUACCAAGCUCGUCGAGCUCGAUACACCCGAGCCCGGUCCCGGCGAGGUGUUGAUUAAUUUGACUCACUCUGGUGUCUGUCAUUCGGAUCUAGGUGUCAUGACCAAUCGAUGGGCUGGCCUCCCAUUCCCAACUCAACCCGGACAAGUCGGUGGCCACGAAGGCGUGGGACGAGUGGUCAAGUGUGGACCCGGUACAGAACACAGCACCGUCAAAGUCGGAGACCGGGUAGGAAUCAAAUGGAUCAGUGGCAUCUGUGAUAGCUGUCCCGCCUGUCUGGCCGGCCACGAUGGAGUGUGUUUCAAUGCAAAGGUAUCAGGUUACUACACACCGGGAACUUUUCAGCAAUAUGUCCUAGGACCUGCCAACUACGUGACACCCAUCCCGGAAUCUCUCCCCUCGGACGCUGCGGCCCCAAUGCUCUGUGCAGGUGUCACCGUAUACUCUGCCCUUCGAAAGUCCGGAGCGCAGGCGGGUGACACAAUCGCAAUUCUUGGAGCUGGUGGUGGCUUAGGUCACUUGGCUUGCCAAAUCGCUGCGAAAGGCAUGGGAAUCCGAGUCAUCGGUAUUGAUGCAGGCAACAAGAAAGAUCUUGCCAUGGAGUGUGGAGCGGAAGUCUUCAUCGAUCACACACAGGGCAAAGCUGAAGAGGAGGUCAAGGCCGCGACUGGAGGAUUGGGCGUACAGGCAGUGCUCGUCCUGACAGCGGCCAAUGCGGCUUACGCAUCUAGCAUGGGCAUGCUAAAAUUCGGAGGCACGUUGGUCUGCGUGGGUCUGCCAGAAGGAGAGCUCAAGGCCAUUGCCACCGCUUACCCACAAUUUCUAGUUGCCAAAGCACAAAAGAUUGUGGGUGUGGCAGUGGGUAAUCGCAAGGAGGCCAUAGAGACGCUCCAGUUCGCGGAGCGUGGCCUGGUGAAGACGCACUUUACUACCGCGAAGCCGGAAGAGCUCACCAGCAUCUUCGAACGAAUGGACAAAGGAGAAAUCAGUGGUCGCGUCAUUCUCGAUCUGUCCUGA